GACAACAACAAAACUUCUGACCACUGUUGCGAGACACCUGGCCAAAACUUCAGGCAUUUCUGUCGAGCUUUUAACACGCCCAUUGUCUAGCGUCAUCUGAAAUUCUGCUUAAUGAAGCAACGACUACGCUUCCUGUUUCAGCCAAUUUAGUGCGACUGAAACGCAACAAUCAAAUACUGGAAUGCGCGCCUCCAUUCCGCCCGGCGUACGUGUUGUACGCGGCCCAAAUUGGAUUUGGUCGAAUCAAGACGACGGAGAAGGACACGUUGGCACCGUUUGUGAAAUAGGACGCUGUGGAUCCACACAUUCACCGGAGAACACGGUUGUGGUCAAUUGGGAUUCGGGACAUCGCACCAACUACAGAGUGGGCUAUCAAAAUCAAUACGAUCUGAUCAUUGUGGAUAAUGCACAAGUUGGUGUUCGUCAUUCGAAUGUCGUGUGUGAUGGCUGCUCAAAGGCGGGCAUAGCUGGCAUUGUCUUCAAGUGUGCCCAGUGCACCAAUUAUCAUCUGUGCGCCUUCUGCUACGGCGCGAAUGAGCACGAUUUGGAGCAUACGUUUGUGCGUUAUACUACGCCCACAUCCUUGGGAGUACGUGUGCCAGCGCGUAAAGGCUCGGAGCGCAUACAAUUACGCGGCAUCUUUGUGGGCUCGAGGGUUGUGCGAGGUCCAGACUGGGAGUGGAACAAUCAGGACGGCGGCGAGGGCAAAACCGGGCGUGUUAUGGAAAUACGCGGCUGGGACAACGAAUCUUGUCGCAGUGUAGCAAACGUCUCGUGGGUAACCGGUUCUACUAACGUCUAUCGACUCGGCCACAAGGGCAACGUCGAUCUGAAAUAUAUAGCAGCAACUUGCGGUGGACAUUACUAUAAGGACCACAUGCCAGUGCUGGGCCAAACCGAGGAACAACAGCCAAUCGUGUCCAUGGUCAAGCCAAGCUUCUCUGUGGGCGACCGUGUCAAGGUGUGCCUCGAGGUAGAUGCACUGAUGAAGCUACAACAGGGACAUGGUGGCUGGAAUCCGCGCAUGGUCGAGCAUUUGGUCAAACUGGGCACAGUGCAUCGCAUCACCGAAAAGGGAGAUAUACGAGUCCAAUAUGAAAACUGUCCCAAUCGCUGGACCUUUCAUCCCGCCGCACUCGUCAAGGUUGUAUCGUUUCGCGUUGGCGAUUUGGUGACAAUUAUAAAUGAUGCACAAAAAGUACAGCAGCUGCAAAAGGGACACGGCGAAUGGAUUGAUAUCAUGCGCUAUGCUCUGGGCAAACUCUGUAAAGUGGUUAAGGUGUACUCGGAUGGGGAUUUGCGCAUACAGCAGCUGGAUGAUGGCUUUGAGUGGACACUUAAUCCGAAAUGUGUCAAACUGGAGCGUUCGCCAUUGGCAACGGCAGCGGAACGUUCCAAUAGCAUGAUGGAUCUGAGCCAUCGCCGUACGGAUCAUGUGAUGACACCGCUUUCUGGUCUCUCUGGCAGCUCGGUGCCCGAUAAGCUGGUGCGUGAGGCGGCACAGGGUCAUUUGGAUUUUGUGAAGCAAUACCUGGAUUUAAAUCCUAGUCAGGUGGAUGUUAUGAGCGGCGGCAAGGCUUGCAUACAGGUGGCCUCACAUCAGGGCUACGUCGAGCUGGUCACCUACCUCAUCUCCAAGGGCGCCAAUGUGAAUGUCGUUGACAAGGAGGGCGAUUCAGCUUUGCAUUAUGCUGCAUUUGGCAAUCAACCCGAAACGAUGCGAGUGCUGCUCGAGCAUGGCGCCGAGGUCAAUUUCCUCAAUUCCAGUCACUGCUCAGCUCUGCACAUUUGCGCGCACAAAAAGACGCCGCAUUGCGUGCGCGAACUAUUGCAGCACAAUGCCAAUGUGAAUAUUCAGGACUCUUACGGGGAUACGGCACUACACGAUGCUAUUGGCAAGGAGAACACCGAAGUCGUUGAACUUCUAUGCAAUGCACCAAAUUUAGAUUUUACGGUCAAGAACAAUCGCGGCUUCAAUGUGCUCCAUCACGCAGCGCUCAAGGGCAACGUGGUGGCCGCUCGUCGGAUUCUUCAGCUGUCGCGUCAAUUGGUCAAUGUGCGCAAGGACGAUGGCUUUGCGGCACUGCAUCUGGCUGCGCUCAACGGGCAUGCACAGGUCGUGGAAACGCUGGUCACCGAGGGCCAGGCCGAGCUAGAUAUACGCAACAAUCGACGGCAAACGCCAUUCCUGUUGGCCGUCUCGCAGGGACAUGCAAGCGUUAUAGAGCGCCUGGUGAAACUAUCAUGCGAUAUUAAUGCCAAGGACGAGGAUGGCGACAAUGCCAUGCACUUGUGCGUCAUUAAGAAAUCCAAUUUACAGCAGGCAGCCGAACCAUCACCGGAGGAGGCGCCCGAAAUACACAAGUUCUUUGUCAGCCUGACCCAGACGAGCGUGCGCAGCGAGGAUCGUCUGAUGUACAGCGUUCUGAUCUAUCUAUCGCGACAUGGCUGCCGCGUCGAGCUAAACAAUGCCAAUGCCAGCAUUUUUGAAUGGAUCACCGAUCGUAAUAUACGACAGCUCAUCUUUGGCCAGCAAACGGAGGAGCCCACUGUGCCAACGGCGGCGAUACCGACGCCGCUGCAGCGCAAUAUGCAAGCUCUAGACAUUGGCGCAGCUGACGAAACGCCAGCGAUUGUGGCUGCUGCUGGCGAGGAUGCAGCAGCGACUGUAAGUGCAGGCACAUUAACGCUGCCCCCGCCGCCAUCGUUGACGCAGCCCAAGCCCAGCGAGGCAACAGCAGCAGCUGCUGCUGCUGCUGGCAUGCAACCAUCACCAGGCAACAAGAAACUCAAUUCGGAUGCAGCCAGCAGUGUAUCGCCUCAGGUGGCGCCCCGUAAAAAAGCACCCAAGCCACCAGCACAAACAGGAACAACGUGCAGUGCCGCAACGAGCAGCGAGUCAGGCGGAUUGCCGCAGGUUGCAUUGAUCGGUGCGGUCGCAGCAGCAGCAUUGCCGGGCCUUAUCUCUGGCCAGCAGGAGUGUAUUGUGUGCAAUGAGCCGCUGCAGCUGGUGCGCUUCGAACCAUGUCUGCAUCAAAUUGCUUGCGAAGAAUGCAGCAUACGCAUGAAGAAGUGCCUGCGCUGUGGUGUUGCCAUCGAGAGGCGCUUGGACGCCAAUGGACGUCUGGUGGUCGGCCAUCAGUUGUCAUCCACAUCGUCGCCCAGCGAUCAGGCGCGCCUGCCAUCCGGUGAUCUCUUGCGCUAUCUGGAAAACAAGGUGCAGGAAUUCGAAGAGUCUCAUUUUUGUGGUAUUUGCAUGGAACGCAAACGGGAUGUGGCCUUCCUCUGCGGCCAUGGCGCCUGCUCCCACUGUGCCGAAACCUUGCGCACUUGCCACAUGUGCCGCAAGACGAUACUAAAGAAGAUCAAUCUGUACUGAGCACUCGGUGCACUCUAGCUAUACGCAACCAAAGUGGCUUGUAUAUACACCAUAAAGAUGUUUAAAACUUAUAUAUUAUCAAGGAUUUAAGUGGCGUGUCAUCAACAGCUGAUACUAUCAUUCGUUCCACAACCCAUGCUUGCGUUAACUCACCAAGUUUAUUAUUUAUUAAACAACAAUUAUUUUGCACGUACCAUACCCACGCACACACACACAUGCACACGCACGCACACACACGUCUAUAGUCUAUUAGCAUCGUUUAACGACAACGAAAACCCAACUAAAUACGAUUAGAUGAUUAAUAAUAUAAGCAUUUUAAUUGCAAUUGAGCUGUA